AGCAAAAAAGAAAAAAGAAAAAAAAGGAAAAAGAGGCACAUAUCUGCUAUCUGUGCAGGUUGAUUACGCAUGUACACCUGAAGAAGUGCAGCAACACUUCCAAUCAUGCGGCACAGUCCAUCGGGUGACGAUUCUGACAGACAAGUUCGGGCAGCCAAAGGGUUUCGCUUAUGUAGAGUUUGUGGAAGCUGAAGCUAUACAAGAGGCUCUACAACUGAAUGAAUCAGAGUUGCAUGGUCGUCAGUUAAAGGUACUACACAAAAUGGAAACAACUAAUCCUAGGGUUAGCGGCAACGAGAUCAAGUAGAACACCCACAGAGAGAGAGAGAGAGAUCGCUCCACUCGUCUUCUUCCUCUGUGUUCCUUUUCGUUUGAGUUUCCUUUUCUCUUCUCUUCUCUUUUUUUCCUCGGUGGUUGGGUUCGAUCUCGGUUCGGUUCGUUUGAUGAUGGAGAAAGCUUCCACGCUCUAUUCCUUUUUGUCAGAGCAUACACAUGGCGCUCGCUUCUGGUCGCCAUGGCGCUAGGCGACACUCGAUCACUUCAUCGCCAGGGGUCGCCACUAGCCAUUUUAAACCAAGAUCCUGAUAGCAGACAAGCUGGGAAUUGCUCUUCCUCAGUUUAUUCUAGACUUAAACGGAGAAUCUGGUGGGCUACUGUUGCUGUUUACAGUUGGUUUAUGUAUUCUCUUGCCGCUAGUGGUCGCCUCCAUCUACCUCUGAAGAUCAUCAAAGUACACCGGGAACUACGUCAAGCUUCAAACUCGUCAAGCGUAUUAUGAGUUAAUGAAACCCUCUUUGACUACAAGCAAAGUCAUGGACGUUUUCAUCAAAGCAGCUGAGUACACAGAGAUUCCAGUCCGUAAAACCGAUGAUGAAUCUCUGAAGAAACUCUUUACCUCUGUCAAAAGCGAGCUAAGUCUGGAUCCUAAGAAAAUGAAGCAAGAUGAAGCUAAGUUUUGGAAACAGGAUCCUGCAGUUAUCAAGGCUGAGCUUUUGAUACAGAAACAGUUAACUCGUGAAUCAGCAGUUUUGUCUCCGUCUCUGCAAAGUGAUUUCAGGCGUGUCUUAGAGUUUGCACCUCGUCUCCUUGAAGAUUUAAUGAAGAUGGCGGUUAUACCCCACAAUGAACAAGGGCAUGGAUGGUUAAGUCUUGCACUCGGAGUCAUAGAGCUAUCUCAAUGCAUUGUUCAUGCUGUUCCUCUUAGUGCGAGGAAGUCAACUUCAGAAGACACUGCUCCUUUGAUUGCAGGCUCUUGUAACGUUUGAUUGUUUAGUGGCUUGUACUUUGUUGAAAGAUUGCAAGUUCAUUGAUAGGGAUUUUCCCAUGAUCUUGUUCUGUUUUAGGCAAGCAUGGCAGAAACUCUUGUUUCAUUGAUAUGGAUUGUCUCACGAUUUGGUU